AUAAGUUCGGACGUGAGAAUCGGUCACCCUCAAGCCGGACCCGACAUCCUGGACAUUGGCAAAGUCAGGAAUUGUGCGUCGAAUCAUCCUCAUCGGACCCCCCCAAAUCCCGGAUUGAGAUUCCGGAUCGGUCAGGCUAGCGGCCCAUUCGUGUAGUAUUGCCCGGGGGGCAGUCGAAAAACCCGUGGAAGCGCCUCUGUGUCGGCCCCAUCCAUCCAUCCAACCAACCCCAGCGUCGGAGAUCCAUCCAUCGCCUCUUGCUCCCCCAUCCCAUCCGUAUCCAUCAUGUGGCUGACAUUGAAGAAUCUGCAGCAAGAGACGUUCACCUUGGAGGUGACGCUCGACCUAACGGUGAAAGAUUUGAAAGCGUUGAUUGAAAAGGAGAAAGGCGCCGACAGUUACCCGGUCAGUGCCCAAAAGCUCAUCUACACGGGUAAAAUCAUGGUCGACGACGAUCCCCUAUCCAAGUAUAGUAUCGACGAAAAGAAAUUCAUCGUGGUCAUGGUCGCCAAGGUCAAGCCCGCGCCCGCCGUUGCGCCCGCCACCGCGGCCGUGCCUGCGCCUCCUGCGCAGGCUACCGCCGCGGCUCCACCGGCCGAGACGGAAAUGACGGAUGCCAGUGCCGCCCCGACGCCGGCCCCCACGCCCGCCUCGAGUGAAACCACCCCGGCCGAGUCCGAAACCAGUCGGACGGCUACGGCUGUGCCCGCUGGACCUGUAUCCGUCGAAGCUCCGCCCGCGGGUGGCAUUGUUAUGGGCGAGGAAUACAAUAACAUGGUUAAGAAUAUCAUGGACAUGGGCUACGAUCGACCUCAAGUGGUGGCCGCCCUGAGAGCGAGCUACAACAAUCCUGAGCGAGCCGUGGAAUAUCUGCUCACUGGAAUUCCUCCUGAGGUGGCCGCCGAUGCCAAUGAAGGCCCACCCAACGUGGCCCCCGCUGGCCCUCCUGUGUCCCGCCCCUCGACCGAAAGUGCCCCCACUGGCCUGGCGGGCUCGACCGGUGGCGGAAGUAGCAGUGGUGGCGGUCAGUCCGCUCCCCGCACGGGCGCAGAGGCCUUGGCGUUCUUGCGCAACCAGGAGCAAUUCCAGCAGAUGCGCACCCUCUUACAACAGAAUCCUAAUAUGCUGAAUGCCGUCCUCCAGCAAAUCGGCUCCUCGAAUCCGCAACUCUUGCAGCUGAUCUCUCAAAACCAGGAGGAGUUCAUCCGCAUGAUUAACGAGCCUGAGGGUGGUGGUUCGGGCGCCACUCCCGGGGGUCAAGAAGGGGGCGAGGGCGAGGGAUUGUUGGGCGGUGGAGGCAGUGUGAUUCAAAUGUCAACGCAAGACAAAGAGGCCAUCGACAGGCUGAAGGCGCUGGGUUUCCCCGAGCAUCUUGUGGUUCAGGCCUACUUUGCGUGCGAGAAGAACGAGAACUUGGCUGCGAAUUUCCUCCUCUCUCAGACAAUGGACGAUUGAUUGAUAACCAAUGAUGAUUAUGAACCAUACGAAACAAUCUAGUGAAUGAAUGAACAACGUGCG